GCGAUAGAAAUCUUCACAUUACUACGCGACUAUCUGCUCAUUGGCACAGGAAGAGCCUCGAUGGCUACUAGUCACUCUAAAUUAUGUAUGGCAGGCGCCGGGAUUCCUUCCAAUAGCCAGAAAAAUGCGAGUAGUCGGGAUUCUGAAGUCAUGGAGAUCGACUUGAAGGCCCGUAUUGAAGGGGACGAUAACGCGAAUGAUAGUAGUCGGCCAUCUGAUCCUCAAAACGACGCCUUUGCCGUUGCUGCUACAGACGAGGACACCGUCAUUACUCCGUCCACCAUUUCAUUUGAGCAGGCAGACUGUAGUAAAAUAAACGGAAAUUACGAUGAUAGCGACCCUUUUAUUGACACUAAACAUGACAAUCAAGAAUGUUCCAUUACUACAGCCAGCUUCAUCCAGAAGUCGGGCUCCCAAGAAUCGCCGGAUACGGCCUUACCCUACAACAAUUUUAGUCUGUCACAAACCAAUGAAGCAUAUGAUUUCUAUGACCAAAGCAUAAAGGCCAGCGUCUGGACGGUCCUCGAAGAUGCAGAGGCAUCUGCGAUAACACCUAUACCGGAUGCAGCAAAUUGCAUAAUUGGUGUAGAAAAUAGGGAGUUUGAGGAGGGAGAGGUGAUAAUGAAGGAAAGUGACAAGAUACAGAUGGCUGAGGUAAAACAUACAUAUAAGUUUGGUAAAAUGAACAGUUUGGACAGUCGAGGCUUCGCUGAUGGACGUGGUGGUGGUGGCGAAUGUAGUGCAGAGCAUGGAGGCUUUAAAAGUGAUACCAGCGAUGAAGCUGAACAUGUUGUUGAAGAUCAUACAGCCGACGAGAUGCCCUUGCUUUGUCAGCCUUUUCAAUCCCUCUCGUUGGUGACAGCAACCGGUCCUCUGUGCGUAAGUCAAACGGACACUACACUAACAAAAUCCAAAUACUCUCUGACAAGUUCAUUCAUUUCUAUGGGGGAUGAAGAUGAGGAGACUAAUUUGGAUGCUGAAGAGGAGAGGCAACAGCUCAUUGAAGUAAAGCCGUUGAAACAAAAGGAAAGGCUGGGGAAAGAAGGAUCCAAGGAGUUGUCAUUACUGUUGAAGGAGCUGAAAGAAAGACUUGUCGAAAUAAGAGGUGAACGAAAGGUGGAGACGGAGGCGGAUACAGUUCUGGAGGAUAACUUUUGGGAAGAGACCGAAGAAGGAGCCAGCGGCGAUUGCAGUGAAACUGGCCGUUUCGUUCUGCAGGCUUCUCAGCCUCUCGAAUCUGGGCUGACUGACGGAUUCAACGAUGAGCACUGUCGUGAUAUAACUCGUCUGCUUCGCUCACCCUCAAUACAGACCAGCCCAGAGGGACAGUUGUGCAAGCCACAGCCUCGGCAGCAGAAAAUGCAACAACAGCUGGAAAUUCAGGGCAGACGAUACCCAGGUGCCUGCAGACAGACUGGAGUCACUUGCAGACCUGUGACGGUCACAUGUCGUGUCGACUGGGCCAGACGGCAGAAGCGACGCCAGAGGCAACGGAAUCAGGAGCGACAACGUCAACGAAGCCGUUGGCUACAACAGCCGCCGCAAGACCUUCAGCUAGCACCAGAAGAACAGAGACCAUGGAGACCGCCGACAGCUUGGCUGCAGAGUGUGGAAAGAGAGGAGACAAAUGUAGUGCAGGGCGAGUGCUGCCCGUCUCUGAAACUCGCAGGAACGGCAGCAUUGGAAACAAAGGGCAAGCUCAAUCGCGGGUUCUCUGACUGGCAGAGUCGUGACAACAGCACAACAUCGACAAAAGCGAAAGACUGCCUGUCUGAGACUAACAUUGUGCAGGUAGCCAAAGCGGAUCAGACGGAUGGCAACUUUAUCCGGAGAGAGGGAGCAAAAGAGGUGGAUGUGGAGACAGAGAAGAAUGUUACAAAAGAUGAGGAGAAGUUGGUUGAAACCAACAUAGAGCAUUGGCCAGAUACAAAAAGUCUUCUGAGAAGAGACUCCUCGCUUCACCUGCCCGAUCGUCCCUCUCCUCCGGGGCAGUCCUUUCCCUGGCCAGUGGCUCGGUUUUUUCGUCAGUCUCCUGCAUCGCCUCCGUCUCAAACCGAGGCCUCAGUCGCCUCGGUGUUUACAAUCACCGACCAAAUUGACCAAUGCCAGACGCAGUCGCAACCCUCUCAGAUGCAGUUGGCAGGUGGAAAAACAACCUCUGCUUGGCCGUCACAAGAGGUCUGGUCACCGCAACAACAGCUACAGCAGCAGCAACAGCAACAGCAGCAGUGGCAGAAGCGGCAGCAGCAACAAGAGCCGUCGCUUCGCCGGAGCAGCCCUUCUCCUCCGGAACCAGACUGCGAAAUAGCCUCUUCACUCACGAGUCUCGCCUCCUCGACCCAGCCUGACUCUGUGCAAGUUGUCGGCCCGAUUGAAGUCAGUUUGGCACUGAAGACCCAAGUAUGCCUGCAGACGGCCCGGUCCAAGCGCCGUCCGGCCGUUGUAACCGCUGUCGCCACUGUUGAAGUUACCCAGGCCUCCGAACUCCCCGUGAUGAUCCAGGCGCGGUCAAGUUCAUCUGGCAGUCUAUCUCUCAAAUCAUUCUCUCAUUCCGGGGCCGGCUUACAUGGCCUACAGGCCAGUGGACCUUACUCAAUGUGCACAAGCUACUCCUCCUCCUCCUCCUCCUCUCCCUUUUCUCGUCAUGCGCUCAGGAAUCGGUCCGACUUUCUCGAGGCGGUAGAUGAGGCUGGUACAGCUGCCGAUGGGACUGCCCGAUUGCGAUGCCACAAAAAACGGGAAGCGCUUAUUCCACUUUCCACGACUGCUUCAGCAGAGGUAGUAGCAAUAAGUGUCUUCUCAUGCCCCACCAGCCCACUUCGAUUGCUCAACUCUAGAUCCUCUGAUGCCAAGCUCGACCCACCGGUUGCUGGCAAAAGUAUUGACGCUGUAGACAACUCGAGCAGCCCGCUUUCUCCUACAAACGCGGACAAGUCGAGCAGUUGUUGUUUGUUAAACCACGGCAAUCUCGGACACUGGACUGCCUCAAAGAAGUCUCUUGUAGAUAGCUUAGCUUCCGGUCAAUCGACCAUGGAUCUGAUCCAGGCACCGGUUGCUAAAACUGAGUGUUCCGAGUGCAGAGUUCAUGUCUUCCACCACCCCAACUGCGAGAUGAGCAGAUCCUCUCAGGAGCCAAUGCCGUCCGGGACAAUGACGAGUACAGCAAAUUGCCUCUCACCAUCUCAUCAGCCGCAAUCACGUCUACCGCAGCGGAUGGGGCUGCAGCACCGUCGGAAGAUGACUUCAACCACACCGCGUCUCCUCUUUUCCACACCGCGAAUAGACAUUGGAACCUUUUCAGGUGCAGCCCCAACUUCGCCCUCCUCCUCUCCUCUCAGACCUCCGGCUGCCCUACCGGCUGGAUUCUCGUCCGGUUGCCCGGCAGCCGACAGCAUGCCCUGCUUUGAAGCCGCCUCAGACCUGCUUUUCAAUGCCUCUUCCAGUAGCUUUUCAGCCUCCCUUAGCCUCGAACGUCCGGCUCGGACACGGAGUGCUGCACCCGCCGACUCUCGGCCAGGCAGACGCCGAUAUGCUCCAAUGACCGGUCGACAGAGCCCAAAUCACUUGUCGACUAAAGUGAUGGGAAGACGGGAUGUUAUGAGCAACACGGACACAACCGACAGCCCUACCGACUCCGGCACCGAGCCGGACAGUGAUGAAGCGGCGAGCAAUACCGAUGAAGAGGACGUGGCCACAACGAAAUUCAUGGCUGGACAUUGUCCCGACUGUUGGAAUGCACUCAAUCUGGCCGCAGGCUGCUACGUCGCUUUGGCUUCCUGUCACCUGCAGGAUCAACAGGCCAGUAUGGACCCCGUAAAACGUGGUCCCCGUAGACCCGGUGGCCAUCGCCAGAGACCGGCAAUCGCUGUACCAAUGCCAGUGCCGGCACCGAAAAUCCGAAAUUCUCGGUCUAUGGCACGGCCCCACAUUCCCUUCUAUCCACCUCGGCCUGAGGAGUUGACACAGGCCUUGACGCAAUAUCAGCAAUUCUCACGACAGCGCCACCAGAAACAGUCCAGCAAGCGCCGAUCUCAACCUGCUUCGCCUCACUUAACCCAGCAUAAUCAGUCGUUUUGUCGUAAAAAUUACAUUCCUGAUCCUCCUUUUCCACCACCGCCUCCUCCCCCGCCUAUUCCUCCUCCUGCUUCUGCUCUUCAUCCUCCU